UGACUUGAGUGGUGAUCAGUGCAUGCGCCUGAUUUGAUUUCGUAAACCUGAGUCUUACAGCGAUUUGUGGACCGUGACAGUUUCUCUUUUAUCAUAUUAGUUGACUAAAACUAAUUAUCCUGAUAAAAGUAAUAAUAAAGGUGCAUUUUUUCGCAACCAUUCCAUUCAAGGAAUCACACAAGAGAUGGAUCAUCAUCAGUUAUCGCUGUCAACAAAAAUGCCUAAGAUUGUUAGUGAAGAUGUUCAAAUCAAUGAAGAUAAUUGCAUUGAUGACAAGAAAGAAUAUCACCAGGAAAAGGCAGAAGUAUACAAUCUGGAACCAUUGCCUGCAUGGAUGACUCUUGCAGAUGAAACUUGCAUGAAUGAACUUAUAUCCACCAAGGAUUAUUCCCAAAAAACUAGUGCCAACCAGGGAAUAUUAAUAAGUCAAGUAAUGUUCAAGUUGGCACCAGAGGAGCUUUGUCUUGAGGAUGUGCAACAACUACAGAAGCUGAAUAGAGAACUUCAAGCUGACAACAUAAAAAAAACUCUAUCUUACAUGAUGCUGGAACAGGACUACUACAGUCUCAAAGAUGAGGUUGCUGUUCUACGCAAGGACUUGAAACAUUGGCAAGAAUGUAGUGGCCUUAUGAAACUUGCUCUCAGGGAACUAUACUCCAAUCGCGAAAGCACGGUGCGUUAUGGAACAGAUGAGAUGCCAGAACUACUCGGCGUAAAAUUUGAAGAAUCCAUCGAACAAAAUUUUUCGGAUGAAGUAUCAUCGCCGCCAAAGAGUUCGUCACUGUGCCCAAUAGUAGAGCUUGUUGAUUUACGUCAUCAGCACGUAAAUCAACCUCAAUCAUUUAGCGAAUUUCCGUCUGUCACUAUUUCGGCUGAAAUGUCUCAGCGCAAAAGCUUGUCACCGGUUAACAGCGUUAAUGCGAUGAAACAACUGAACGAAAUAAGACGGAGCCCGCUAAACGACGUUUCGCAUUGUCCAACAGGUAUGCUUGUUGAUUUAAGCGAAGACACCGCACAAUCGCAAGCAUCCAGCGUACUAUCCCCUGUUUCGGAUGAAAUGUCUCCGGGCAUAAAGUCCCCUUUGAAAAAAUAUGAUGUGGCUAAUUCAGAGGAUGAAUUUAUUCCUUGCACGCGAAAGGACUUCCCGUAUUGUUCCACAGAAGCUGUAAAACCACCGCGAAGAUCUGUCGAAGUUGAUUACGUUCCAAAGGAAACAUCUCCGCAUAAAAAGCUAUCAUCGCCGUUCAAAAGAAUUAUUCCAGAGGAAGCUAAGAGUAACUUCAAAGACCCGCCCAAGUAUUAUUUCCCGAAAAGGAAGGAGUUUAAAUGUGAUGUGUGUGACUUGUACUUAAAUAGCCAAGAACAAAUGUUUCAGCAUUUCAAGGGAAGUAGGCACAAGGUAAACUCUGAUGAAGAACGGUUUAAAAACAAUUAGUUGUAAUUGUAACGGGGUAAACACACGAAACACGUUUAUUUGUGUUAACAUUUUCCCACUUAUUUUUCUUUAGAAAAGAAAAGGAUGGAACAUUUUUCAAGUCUUUGGUGUUUUUGUUAAUGCAUUUCUAUGAUUAAAACCAAGUAAUACGACGUUUAAAUUCAUUGAUGAUGUACCGAAGUAAUUUGCGUGACGGCAUCAAUAAAUGAUUUUACGAGAA